GCCUAUUUCACUCCACGUGCACUUGUUUGGGGAAAGAUGGCGGCUCUCGGUAGCGAGAUUGAAGUGGUCACUGCUAAAAAACCUAACGUGAAAGGUCCAAGGCGGGUGGCCAAUCAAAUUCCUGACGAGAUCUUGAAAGAUUCCGAGCUCAACGAGGCUAUUAAGGCUUUGCCUGCAAACUACAAUUUUGAAAUUCACAAAACAAUAUGGAGGGUUCGACAAGCCAAAGCCAAGAGGGUGGCUUUGCAGUUGCCAGAGGGUCUGCAGAUGUUUGCCUGUGUGAUUGCUGACAUCAUUGAGAGAUUCACAGAGGCGGACACUCUGGUGAUGGGAGAUGUGACAUACGGGGCCUGCUGCGUGGACGACUUCACUGCCCGCGCUUUGGGAGCCGACUUCAUGGUGCAUUAUGGGCACAGCUGUCUCAUCCCCAUAGACUCGACUGAGGGCAUCAAGAUGCUGUACGUGUUUGUGGACAUCCAGAUUGACACUGCCCACUUCCUGGACACACUCAGGUUCAACUUCCCCCCCGGCCGCUCGCUCGCCCUCGUCAGCACCAUCCAGUUUGUGGCUGCUUUGCAGGCAGCCAGUGCAGCGCUAAAGCCAGAUUAUGAGGUGCUGGUUCCUCAGUGUCGGCCACUUUCUCCUGGAGAGAUCCUCGGAUGCACCUCACCUCGUCUGGAUAAACAUGUCAAUGCUGUCAUAUAUCUUGGGGAUGGAAGGUUUCAUCUGGAAUCCAUCAUGAUUGCCAACCCAGACACACCUGCCUACAGGUAUGACCCAUAUAGUAAAGUGUUUUCUCGAGAAUAUUAUGACCAUGAUGCAAUGCGGGCCACCAGACUGAAGGCCAUUGAGAGUGCCCGUUCAGCACAGAGGUGGGGGCUCAUCCUAGGCACCCUUGGCCGCCAGGGCAACCCCAAAAUUUUGGAGCACUUAGAGUCUCAGUUGAAGUCUUUGGGCCGUUCAUUCACACGUGUUCUUCUCUCUGAGAUCUUCCCCAGGAAACUGGAACUGUUGGCAGACGUGGACGCGUGGGUGCAGAUUGCUUGUCCACGCCUCUCCAUCGACUGGGGAACGGCUUUCUCCAAACCCCUGCUGUCUCCAUAUGAGGCAGCAGUGGCGCUGCAGCAGGUUGGAUGGCAGGAAGUGUAUCCUAUGGAUUUCUAUUCCAAUCAGAGUCUGGGAGCCUGGACUCCUAAUCAUCCGGAUAACCAACCUAAACGGCCUGCACGCAAAACCCCACAGAAGGCUGGUCAGCAGGUAAUCAGUUGUAGUCAGGAAGAGAGCGCCUCCUGUGGCUGUCAGCCGAAAAAACACACAGCCUCAUGAACAUCUGCCGGAGACAAGCUGACCAAUCACACUUCAUCACAUCAGCCCUCUGUUCACAUGCACCGUGAGUGAGUGAGUGAGUGAGUGUUUGUGUGUGUGUGUGUGUGUGCGUGUGCGUGUGUGUGUGUGUGUGUGUGCGUGUGUGAGAUGAAAGCUCCCCCUUGAAUGAACAAAGUGUGGUUUUGCUUUAGUCUAACGUAAGCAUGUUGUCCCUCACCUAGAAAGGGGCUGGCAGACAUGUUUUCAUGGUUGACCUUCAUCCUUUCAGAAUUACAGCAGGAAACUAGAAGAUUCUUUCUCUGAGGAUGAAGAGAAAAUACUCAUUCUGUACUCUACAUCCAGCUUUUUUAUUUGCCAUAAUGCUAAGCUUCUCUGACAGAAGCACUUUGAAUGUUUUGUACAGGAUAUCUUUUAAUUAUGGGCAAAAAUAAAAUGAAAUCUUUUCA